AUGGUGGUUUUUAUCAAUGUAAGACUGAUUAAAGUGGAACGGGAUUGCUAUAUCCUGAGAGCAGAAGAAAAGAAAUGGUUAAGUGCACCCGUGAAAAAUCUCCUUUUCCAUUAUGGAGAACACAAACCUCAAUUUUCAAGCACUUCCAUAAGAGCAGAGGAAGUGUGGAAAAAGAUCCACGAAAAGAUGGCUGGAGACGGUUUUCAUUUUACUUCAGAGCAAAUAAAAACAAAAUUCAGCAAAUUAAAGCAGCAGUACAUGAAAGUGAAAGACAAUAAUUUACAAACUGGUGUAGCUCCUAUGGAUUUCCAGUGGUUGGAGGAAUUCGACGCAAUUUUUGCUAAAAACCAUAAUGUGGAACCAGUGGCAACUGCAAGUUCUCUAACAUUCACACCAUUAGCUGCAAAACCGACAAGUAGCACCAGCGUAAUUCCAAAACAUUCAAAAAAAAGUAACACUGAAAAAAUUAUAGAAAACAUCGAUAAAAUGAGGCAGGAGCGGGCAAAUCGACAACAUGAAAGGAAUGAAGAAAGAAGCAUCGAGCGACGAGAGAUAUUGAAUGAGCUCCGUAGAGGGAAUGACCUUUUUGAAAAAGUGUUGGAAAAGUUCAAAGACUACGUGAAAAAUCUCCCGAAAUCUCUCCUCGUCAUUUCAAGACCACCAGAAACUUCAAGAGUGUUCCCAACGGUAUUGGCAGAAGUUUUAGCAGGUUAA